AGAAGCUCUCUUUUCCAAUUUUUGAGCGAGGGUACUAGUACUAGUGUCUCGACUAGUAACACCAACGCUCAGGAGAUGCUGAGUUCUAAUUCAACCGGCACCCGACAUGUUCCCGGAACUUCAGGAACUGCACCUCCGCCGCCACUUCCACCACCUGCGGCAGCCGAGGAACUGGGCCCACAUCCGUAGCCCAAUAUACGAUAGAAGAUCUCCUCGUCCAAUCGGGUCGGGGAAAUUUGUCAAAGAGCUACUUCGUUGAACCGCACUAUAAACGGAGCAAGGUCACGUCAGAUCUUCGAGACCUGGUUUAAGUGCUUUGCGCAAAAGUAAAACUGAGACGUUGAGAUAACCGAGAUGGUGAAGACGGCCUUUAGGAAAAAGGCGACAAAGCGUCUAUGCAACAACGUCUCCGAUAUGAAGCACAAGUGGGAGGUCAACGGCAAUGACGCGAAGCCCAGUGCCAUGUCUACGACAUGUUGGAACGAGCUAGAGGCGUACUAGAUCGAGUCUCACGCACAGGACACGGUCGCCAAAUGUGCGGCGGUUCGGAAUGGAGUUGGUCCAUAUGGCUGCUGAAAACGGAAGAGAACUUCCUCCUAUGACCAGAGUCUUCCAGGAGACUCACCAAAAGAAAGACGGUUCCUUCAUGGAUGAACAAUCGGAGCAGGUCUACAAUGAGGCAAUGGCGCGGAUCGCGGAAUGUCAAGCUCAAGUCUCACCAGACGUGCCUUUGACCAUCGUCGAGCAAGAUUUCGAACAGGUUGCUCCGAAGAAGCGGAACCGCAUUUUAGGGAUGGGAUCUAUAGCUGAUUGUCUCAUCGCUAUGUCUAGCCGGAUUCAUGAGGAUCCGGUGGUCUUGCGGCAGCAGCUCAAAGAAUCCCACACUGAGAUCUCCAACUUGCGGACGGAGCAAGUUGUGCAGCGAGAGGAGAUCCAGACUGCUCGACAGAAGAUCCACGAGAUGUCCAAUUUAUUCGACAUCAUCGCCGCCAGCAUGCCAAGCUUAGAUGCUGCACUGAAGAAGAAGCAGAUGCUUAGGCGGCGGCAGCAGGAAGAGCAGCAGCAUCAGGAGGAGGUCGGUGCGUCUAGAUCGAGGCCACAGGGAGUUGCUAGCGAGGACGGAAACCCAUCAGCUACUGUUAACACUAACAGUGAUCUUAGUAUAGACGAUUUUGUAAUUAGUUCAGGAAACUAG